GGUGGCAGCUCUCACAAUUUAAAAUCUUAAUUUAUUAGUGCUUAUAAAAGCAGUGAAAACAAACUAAAAUAAAACCAAUCUUCAGCUAAUAUAAAAUAACUUCUAAUUCUUGAAAAAACCCUCCCCCCACCCAAUCCCAAACUGCUUCUCAUCUUCCUUAUCACAACCCUCUCCAGCGCCGCCUUGUGAUAACGCAAUUAACAUAUGCUUGUGUUUUUGUUUGCGGCUUUUUUGCGAUUAUUUAAACAAACACAAUUGCACACCAAGCCAAGUGUUGAUUAACCUCUACGUGGUGUAGAGGGUCAGAUAAAAACCAAGUGCACUUGGCACUCACACAGCUGCGCCCAAAGCCACCACAACAUGGUCAACGUCACCGAGGAUAUUUUCGCAACCGGCGCCGUAAAUCCAUUCACCAAGAAACAGGAGGACAUCAAACGCUUCACCCUGACCAAUGGCUACGGCAUGUCUGUCCAGUUGAUCAGCCGCGGAGCCAUCAUCACGAGCAUAAAGACACCGGAUUCCCGUGGCCAAGUGGAUGACGUGACGCUGGGUUUUGAUGAUCUGGCGGGCUAUCAGAGCGAGCGGAAUCCAUAUUUCGGUGCCACCAUUGGACGCGUAUGUAACCGCAUCGGUGGAGGACGCUUCGAGCUGGAUGGCAAGGUGGUGGAGGUUUCCAAAAAUCGAGACAACAAGUUCCAGUUGCACGGCGGCUUUGUGGGCUUUGACAAGGCCCACUGGCAGGUGGUGUCAGUGCGGCAGGAUGGCGUCACUCUCUCGCAUACCAAUCCCGAUGGACACGAGGGAUAUCCUGGAACAGUGACGGCCACAGCUAGCUUCACCCUCAGCGAGGAUAACUGCCUGCACGUCCGGAUGACCGCUGAGAGUGACAAGCCGACGCCCGUGAAUCUCACCAAUCACUCGUACUUCAAUCUGGCCGGUCAUAAGGCCGGUGCCAAUGGUCUCUACGAGCACACCGUCGAAAUCAAUGCCUAUGGGAUCACCGAAACGGAUAGGGACUCCAUACCCACUGGCAAAAUCACACCCGUGGAGGGGACAUCCUUUGAUCUGCGCGUGGCCAGCAACCUGGGUGAGCGUCUCAAGGAGCUGCAACCAGCCCGUGGAUACGAUGACAACUUUUGCGUGACAUUCAGUCCGCCGCAACCAUUGGCCAAGGUGGCCAGGGCCACACAUCCGCCCACUGGACGUUGGCUGGAGGUGGUUAGCAAUCAGCCCGGCGUGCAGUUCUAUACCUCCAACUUUAUGCCGGACGUAGAGCGUGGCGAGACACCGAUUCCUGGCAAGGAUGGGGCACAGUAUGCCAAGCAUGGGGCCUUCUGUAUGGAGACUCAGAAGUUCCCGGACUCUGUGAACCAUAGCAACUUUCCCACUACGAUUCUAAGGCCGGGCGAGAUCUACAACCACGAAGUCAUAUACAAGUUUGGGGUAUGUCAGUGAGUUGUGAGAAGCUUAUCUGAUCGAAAUAUAUAAUAUAGGUAAUGCCAUGUAUGUAUGUAUAUCCGUUAAACGAUAAUAACCAAUAAACCGAAGAGCACGCACUCAUAAAA